AGUGGCAUUAGCGCCAUCGACGAUACAAGACGUGAAAAAUAACCCGUCCGCUAUUUUUUGUUUGUUUUUGUUUAUAUUGCUUUCAUUCAUUUCGUUUUUUUCGAAUUGAGUGUUGAAUUUCGAGGCUUUUUUUUUCUUCAGAAAAAUAAUUUCCACGAGAACUUUCGAUAAAUGUUCGACAAUCAAAUUUUUGGAUAUUUUGUGAUUAUUAUUUUUUUUGUCUUCGAUAGAUCGGAUUUUUCUUUUGCUCUGUGAACCAUUUUCCCAAAAGUAACUAAUAGUUGGAGGAGUGAAGCCCAAGAACCGUGCCACACAUUUCGCUCAUGUGCGCGAUUCGUGUGAACAUUUCGUCCUCAAGUUUUCAUCGUACUUUGACUGAAAUGUACCGGUGAAAUGGAAAAGAUGUAAUCGACGACACAAUCGAUUGACACGAUUAUUUCCCACUUUUUUUUUUGUUUUCAUCUGACUCUCUUGUUCGGAACAAUGAUUGGUUGACAUGUAGCAAAAAAAAAUAUCGCGUUUUUUAUUUGCAUGUUGUUAAGUAAAUUAGUUUCGAAUCGAUAAUAAAUAAAAUUGUCGGUGAGUAAACAACGAAGGGACCGGUGACAUUUAAAAUUGAAUUUGCAAGAAAGUAUAAGACACACAAAUAAUACCAAUUCCAAACACACCUACGGAAGUGGAGCCAAACAACAACAACGAAGAAAAAUCGACGCGAAAUCCAUUUUUUUUUGCCGCGAUCGCGAACAAAACCAAAGACACAUAGAACACACACGAUUUUAGAGUUUAACAAAAAAAAACCACGAGUGAGACCUGCAACACAAAAUAGCAUCAAAAUGAACCAAAUCGGCGUUUAUUUGGAAUCGAUAAUUUUAUUGUUUUUCAUCAGCAAAAUCAAAGCCGAUUGGGGUUCGGCUGACAGCAGCCAGUAUCACAUUCAAACCGAUGAAGGCCCAGAACGAUUUUUUCGAUAUCAAACCGACAGCGGACAAUUUCGCAACGAAAAGCGUCUGAAAGAUGGAACAGUUAUUGGAACGGAAGCCUGGGUGGAUGCAUCCGGCUAUUUACGCCAGAAGGACUACAUAGCCGACAAAGAUGGUUAUCGAAUUUUGAAAAGCAAAACCAUCUUCAUUGGCAAGAAUCGACCCAUUAAGGAUGUAAUAUCAAAUGGACGAAUCAAUACGAAAUUCAUCGAAUCUACGACGACGACCUCUUCAACGCCAGUGUUAUCAAUUCCAAGUAUAUCAAGUAUACCGAAUCCGAAUGCGCUCGAUCCCGAUUUUGGCUACCCCAAGAACAAACCAUCGAUUUUGGUUCAUUACAAUGCUGAGCCAAUUGAUGGCAACAAGUAUAUAUUGCCAUCAACAACGAUUGCACCACCAGUAACCACAUACAAGCCAGUCUUUUCAAGCACAACAACAAUUUUACCUCCGACAAGCACAGCUGCCUAUAUUUCCAGUACAACAACGCCACAGCCACUAAUUGCCGUACAAAAUCCACUUGUGGUACCAUCCAAAUACUUCUUGCCGCCAUUCAGUGAUGCUGGCAAUGAUUCGCCAAUCAUUCGAAUUCGACCAUAUUCGACACCAUAUUCGACACCAAUUGCCGCCUAUACCAUUGAGCAAAUCAAUAAUGAAUUGCAACCGCCCGCUUCGUCGGCCAUUUCAUUGAACGAUGUUGGACCGUCGUAUGGACCGAUUGCCGUCACACUUCCGACCACAUUUGGAUCGACGACCGUAUCACCGAUUUCGUCAACAGCAACCGUUGUACCGUUGUUCAAUCGCCAUACAUUUUAUCGUGAUGCCAGCAAACGGCCCAUUGGAUUCUAUCCACCAAAUCAAUUGGACUUUGGCAAUGGGAUCGAUGAUAAAAAACGAUUUGAUCGUUAUAAUGCACGAAUUUCCAACGGUUUCGGCUAUUUUUUGCCCCGCCACUAUCAUGAGGAAACCUAUGGUGAAGCGAAUCCAAACAAUCGCGACGGCAGCUACGGAUACAUUGAUCCCUUUGGCAUUCGUCGUGUGGUUUAUUACCAUGCAACGCCUGAUGGUGGAUUUAGAGUACGAAAAAAUAAUCGAUACGUUGGAUUCAACGCAAAACCAUACGAUUCCAAAAAAUAGAUUAAACUAAUGCAAUUUUAAUUUUAAAACAAAAUGAAAAAAAAAAAAAAACAGUCCUAAAUUUUUUGAAUGAAUGAAAACAUCAACAGAAAUCUUCUUAUGAAAAAAAAAAUCACGAUUUCAACAAUUUAACGAUUAGAAAUGGAUUUUUGGCUUAUGUUGUUCAAAGUCAAUCGACUACUGAUUGAAGUCAAUUUGUUUUCACAUUCGUUAAGCCACACAAACACACAAAAAUUUCUUGGGUUGGUUUUAAAAUGUAUUAUAUAAAUUGCAUUCGUCAUCGUCAAAGCAAAUUGAUAAUAACAACAAAAAUCUCCACAAACCUGAUAUUUAACGACUGAGAAAUGCAUUAUUUAUGACCUUCUACAGUGUUAUAAACCUCAAAAUAGCUCAAACAGCCCAUGUUUAUAAACAGAUACCAUAUGCCUGUAGGAAUAGUAUCGAUAAUUGUUCAAACACUAAAUCAGAAUCUAGUUGAUGAAAUGAACAAAACCCAGAGUGAAAAAAAACCCACUUAAGAAUAUACAUUUCUUAGCCACAACAAAUGAUGCAUUUUUUUCAACACGUCGAUAAUUGAAUUUCCAUUUGAUUUAUCAACUGAAUCAUGAAUUUUGUUCAAGAUUUCAAGUCAUACAGAGAGUUUCAUGCCAAAAUCAGGCUUUGUUAUGCGCUAAAUCCAUCACGCUGAAUAAAUU